UCCCGCUCCGCCGCCGAGCAUUGCCCGGGACCUGCCAGCCAGCAUGCCGGCAUCCAGGCGGGGGCUGCUGCUCCUCUCCGUCCUGGUCCUGGGACAGGCGAUGGAUUUCGCGGAUUACGGCGACGUCCUGGAGGAAGACGCGGAGCAGGACGCGGAGCCCAUCGACUACAAGGACCCUUGCAAAGCUGCUGCCUUUUUAGGAGACAUUGCCUUGGACGAAGAAGACCUCAAGAUGUUCCAGGUGGAUCGGGUUGUGGAUCUCACACGGCACACCAUUGAGAGAACUGCCACUAACUCCUCAGGGAACAGUUCAAACAGCACCAGUAUGAGACCCGGGAGGCAGCAGAGGAGGCGAUGGAAGCAGGGGCGGGGGCAGCCUCGAAGCCGCCGGGCCGCCACAUCCCGCCUUGAGCGGGUGUGGCCAGAUGGAGUCAUUCCUUAUGUGAUCAGCGGAAAUUUCAGUGGCAGCCAACGCGCCGUCUUUCGGCAGGCCAUGCGCCACUGGGAGAAGCACACCUGUGUCACCUUCUUGGAACGGAAUGAUGAAGACAGCUACAUUGUGUUUACCUUUAGACCUUGUGGGUGCUGUUCCUAUGUGGGGCGCAGAGGAGGAGGACCACAGGCCAUCUCCAUUGGGAAAAACUGUGACAAGUUUGGCAUUGUGGUGCAUGAGCUGGGCCAUGUCAUUGGUUUUUGGCAUGAGCACACACGCCCAGACAGAGAUGAGCACGUGUCCAUUAUCCGUGAAAACAUCCAACCAGGGCAGGAGUAUAACUUCUUGAAGAUGGAGUAUGAAGAGGUGGAGUCUUUGGGAGAGACGUACGAUUUUGACAGCAUAAUGCACUAUGCCAGGAACACCUUCUCCAAGGGGAUCUUCCUAGACACCAUCCAUCCCAAAUAUGAGGUGAAUGGGGUGCAGCCCGUCAUUGGCCAACGGACCCGGCUGAGCAAGGGAGAUAUUGCCCAGGCGCGCAAGCUCUAUAAAUGCCCCGCUUGUGGAGCAACCCUGCAGGACAGUCAAGGGAACUUCUCCUCGCCCGAGUUUCCCAAUGGGUACUCUGCACACAUGCACUGCAUCUGGAGGAUUUCCGUCACCCCCGGGGAGAAGAUCAUUCUGAACUUUACAUCCAUGGAUCUGUACCGAAGUCGGCUGUGCUGGUAUGACUACGUAGAGGUGAGAGACGGAUUCUGGAGGAAGGCCAACCUGCGAGGUAGGUUUUGUGGGAACAAACUACCAGAGCCCAUCUACUCUACGGACAGCCGCCUCUGGAUAGAAUUCAGCAGUAGCAGCAACUGGGUGGGAAAAGGAUUCUUUGCUGUUUAUGAAGCCAUCUGUGGGGGAGAUGUGAAGAAAGACAGUGGGCACAUCCAGUCUCCCAACUAUCCUGAUGACUACCGGCCCAAUAAAUUGUGUGUUUGGAAGAUUAUCGUCUCUGAAGGAUACCACGUGGGGCUUUCUUUCCUGUCAUUUGAGAUUGAGCGCCAUGAUAGCUGUGCUUACGACUACCUGGAGAUCCGGGAUGGUAACACAGAGACAGGCAAUCUGAUAGGGAGGUACUGCGGUUACGAUAAGCCCGAUGACAUUAAGAGCACCUCCAACAAGUUGUGGAUGAAGUUUGUGUCAGAUGGGUCCAUCAACAAGGCUGGCUUUGCUGUCAGUUUCUUCAAAGAAGUGGAUGAGUGCUCCAGGCCCAACAAUGGAGGCUGUGAGCAGCGCUGCGUCAACACUCUGGGCAGCUACAAGUGCGCCUGUGACCCUGGCUAUGAGUUGGCACCAGACAAGCGCAGGUGUGAGGCUGCCUGUGGCGGAUUCCUCACCAAACUUAAUGGCUCCAUCACAAGCCCUGGAUGGCCAAAGGAAUAUCCGCCCAACAAGAACUGCAUCUGGCAGCUGGUGGCACCCACCCAGUACCGUAUAUCCUUGCAGUUUGACUUCUUUGAGACAGAGGGCAAUGAUGUCUGCAAGUAUGACUUUGUAGAAGUGCGCAGCGGCCUCACUUCUGAGGCCAAACUACACGGCAAGUUUUGUGGGGCGGAAAAGCCUGAUGUGAUCACCUCCCAGUACAACAACAUGCGCAUUGAGUUCAAGUCCGACAACACUGUCUCCAAGAAGGGUUUCAAAGCUCAUUUCUUCUCAGACAAAGAUGAAUGCUCGAAGGAUAAUGGUGGAUGCCAGCACGAGUGCCUGAACACUUUUGGCAGCUACGAGUGCCAGUGCCGCAGCGGCUUUGUGCUGCACGACAACAAGCAUGACUGCAAAGAAGCUGGCUGUGAUCACAAGAUGACUUCCAUCACUGCAACCAUCACCAGUCCAAACUGGCCUGAUAAAUACCCAAGCAAGAAGGAAUGCACCUGGGCAAUAACAACUACGCCAGGACACCGUGUCAAACUGACCAUCCGGGAGCUGGAUAUCGAAGGCCACCAAGAAUGCACUUAUGAUCACCUGGAAGUUUACAAUGGGAAAGACGCCAAAGCUCCUGUCCUGGGCCGGUUUUGUGGGUCUAAAGAACCAGACCCCAUUAUCUCUUCUAGCAACAGGAUGUUCCUCAGGUUCUUUUCAGAUAACUCCGUCCAAAGAAAAGGCUUUGAGGCAACCUACACAUCAGAAUGUGGAGGCCAGAUGCGAGCUGAAGUAAAAACCAAGGAUCUCUAUUCUCAUGCCCAGUUUGGAGACAACAACUACCCUGGAGGCUCGGAGUGUGAAUGGGUGAUUGUGGCUGAAGAAGGCUAUGGGGUGGAGCUCAUCUUCCAGACAUUUGAGAUUGAGGAAGAGGCAGACUGUGGCUAUGACUACAUGGAGCUGUUUGAUGGCUAUGACGGGACAGCCCCCCGUUUGGGACGCUACUGCGGCUCUGGGCCUCCAGAAGAGGUCUAUUCUGCUGGUGACUCCGUGAUGGUAAGAUUCCACUCAGAUGACACCAUUAACAAGAAGGGUUUCCACCUGCGGUACACCAGUACCAAGUUCCAGGACACGCUGCACACACGGAAGUGAUCUCUGGCCGCCCAACACCCUACGAAGGAGAGCAAGCCUUCCAGUACUGGAGGGGCAGGUCUCCACUGUCUGCAGAAAAAGGAAAAAAGACACUCUGGAGAAAAUUCAAAUAGACUGGAAGGAGAAAAACACAAUACACCUCAGAGUGUGAAACACUCAAGCAAAAGCAAAGGUGCUGCCAGCUGCUCAUACAGACUUGUCUCGGGGGAGUCCUUUCAUUUAAAAAACAAAUGUCCGUUUCUGUGCCUCUUUGUUUCUUGAGCAGAGGGUCUCCAGGACUAACCACUUCACAGCUUCCAUUUACAAUUUGAUUCUUUGUCUGCACGGCUCUCCCCCAGUCCUGGAGGUUAUGAUUUAAAUGCUGGGAAAUCCAACCUAUGGCAGACAUUUUCCUUUAUAAACUCUAUAAAGCAGGUUGACCAGCAAAGUGUCUGACUAUACAGACCCAAAUGCAGUGGAGAGACUGCCAUGCUUGCAGAAGCUGUCUUAUCUGUUGUAAUGAUGUAAUAAACACUCUUUCUUGUACUUCUCAA